GACGUAAGACUCGCAGCUGAUAUAAGGACGUGGUUAGUUCCGGAGAAAAGUGCUUUUCUGUCUUCUACAGGAGACGGUUUUAGAAAUGGAUUCCAUACUCUUUUAAUUUUAACUUGUACGUAUUUUGGAAUUAGACAUUUUAAGUGUAGUAUUAAGAUGAAACUUUUGUAUAUUUUUCUCUGGGAACUCGGCGCUGUUAUGCGGACAAAGUCACCGUCGACUGAAGAAACAAUGCGGGCCUAGCUAGCAUGAGCUAGUGUUAGCCGAGGAGGCUAGUCGGAGAACUGGACUGAGGGGUUUAAGUCGCGGCCGAAGCAGCGAGUUCAAGCUGUUGAAACGUCAAAUAUCCAAAAUGAGUUCGCAGCUCCAAGUCUUCUCAACCCCCUCCGUCUCCUCCAGUGCCUUUUGUCGUGUCAAGAAGCUAAAGGUAGAGAGUAAUGUUUGGGAUGUAUCCACCACAGAAGCGUACAGCUCCAUAGCAGGCCAGUCGGCAUACGCUUUUACCCCAGCCAUGGCUGUGCCGUCCUUUGCACCAUCCCUUGUCUUCCCUUCUGCUGCCUCUGGCACCAGAGGUCAAGUGGUGGUGCGUGCAGCCGAUAGCACUGGGAGUCUUCCUCGUGGUUCCAGUCGACGCGUCACUGAGCAUGCCACAUCUUCCUCUUACAAUCAUGAGACGUCCUCUGAGACGAGGACCCAAAGGCAUGGGCUGAAGAGAAAGGUUGAGGAAGCCAGUGAAGGCAGUGGGAGUGGAUGUGGCAGUGUCCAGAUAUUAGAAGAGCUCUCCGCACCUGCAGCAACUUACUCCACUCGUACUGGCGGCGGUGGAGGAGGCGGCGGCGGCACAGGCCAGUCUAUACCUCACUCGGCUCCGACCACCAAGAGCAGCAGCUCCAAUGGAGAGGGGGAUUAUCAGCUUGUGCAACAUGAGAUCCUCUGCUCCAUGUCCUCCAGCUAUGAAGUCCUAGAGUUCUUAGGGAGGGGCACGUUUGGACAAGUGGCCAAGUGUUGGAAGAGGGGUACCAAUGAGAUUGUGGCAAUCAAGAUUCUGAAAAACCAUCCUUCAUAUGCCCGUCAAGGCCAAAUUGAGGUGGGCAUUUUGAACCGACUAAGUGCAGAAAAUGCAGACGAGUAUAAUUUUGUACGCUCCUAUGAAUGCUUCCAACACAAAGGCCAUACCUGCUUGGUGUUUGAGAUGCUAGAGCAGAAUCUGUAUGAUUUUCUGAAGCAUAGCAAGUUCAGUCCGCUUCCUCUUCGACACAUCAGACCCAUCCUGCAGCAGGUGGCUACAGCCUUGAUGAAACUUAAGAGCCUGGGAUUGAUUCAUGCAGACCUAAAACCAGAAAAUAUCAUGUUAGUUGACCCAAUCAGACAACCCUACCGGGUGAAGGUUAUUGAUUUUGGCUCAGCAAGCCAUGUGUCCAAAGCAGUUUGUUCAACUUACUUACAGUCUCGCUACUACAGGGCUCCAGAAAUCAUUUUGGGUCUGCCGUUCUGCGAGGCCAUUGACAUGUGGUCUUUGGGCUGUGUGAUUGCUGAGCUGUUUUUGGGCUGGCCUCUCUACCCUGGAGCUUCUGAGUAUGAUCAGAUUCGUUACAUUUCUCAGACUCAGGGUUUGCCAGCUGAGUACCUUCUGAGCGCCGGCACCAAGACCAGCCGCUUCUUUAACCGAGGUCCUGACUCCAGCUACCCUCUGUGGAGACUUAAGACCCCAGCAGAGCAUGAAAUGGAGAUGGGCAUUAAAUCAAAGGAGGCCAGGAAGUAUAUCUUCAACUGUCUGGAUGACAUGAUGCAGGUCAAUCUGUCUUCUCACUUGGAGGGGACAGACAUGCUGGCUGAGAAAGCUGACAGACGAGAGUUUAUAGACCUCUUAAAGAGAAUGCUUCGUUUGGAUGCGGACAAAAGGAUCACGCCUACAAAAACUCUGGGUCACCCCUUUGUCACCAUGAGCCACCUCAUGGAUUAUCCCCACAGUUCACACGUGAAGUCAUGUUUCCAGAACAUGGAAAUUUGCAAACGUCGAAGCUCGUAUGACAGCAGCAAAUCUCUGUACUCCACUAGUGCGGUCCCCAGCGCUGCAGCAGGAAACCUCACAGUUACCUUCAGUAGCCAACUUAACCAGCAUAACCAGGUGCCUUCUGCAGGGGGUGCGGUGCCUUUGCUGAACUACCAGCCAGCUCUUUACCAGCAGGCGACCAUCAACAUUCCUGGGCUGGCUCAACAGGGCGUCCCGAUUCCGACGCGUCCCGCUGGGCUGUGUGGCCAGACAGAACCUUUUCAGCAGACCCUCAUCGUGUGCCCACCCUCUACUAUUCAAGGGCUGCAAUCAUCCAAUAAGAGUUCAAGUUUUCCAGUGAGGGUGGAGAACUCUGUUCCCAUUGUACCUCAGAACCAGUCUGCUCAGUCGCUGCAGAUCCAGCCAAGUAUGCUCACGCAGGGUUCCUGCACACCACUGAUGGUGGCCACCUUGCACCCACCCCCAACAGGCAUUGCCCCCCAGUACUCCCUGCCCCUCGGGCUGGGCACUGGUGUGGGUCGGCCCACCCUCCUGGAGCACACAGCCACUGUGCUGGCCUGGCCAACUGGUACCCAGCAAAUCCUCAUCCCGUCAUCGUGGCAGCAGGUCCCAGGUGUGGCCAUCCACAGCUCUGCCCAUCAGUCAAAUGUCACGGAGUCCCCACUGGAGACCGUCCACUCAGAAGCAGCUGUGCAGCAAGGACACAGCUGGCGGAAUGUGAGUCAAGCCAGGACACAGCAAGAGAGAAAGAAAGUAAAAACCAGAUGUGCAGAAAACAGAAACAGGGGUGCAUCUUUACUCGGCAGCAGUGUUGUGACGGCGUCCACCUCCGCUGUCAUAUUGUCUCAGCCAAUCAUCAUCUCCGACACGCCCAGCCCAGCCAUCAGCAUCAUCACUAUUCACAGCGACACUGACACAGAGGACGAACGCAAGUUCCACCCAGCCAGCGUUGGCCUGAGCCGCUCCGAGCGCACGGUCAUCAGCUGUGUAACCGUGCACGACUCGGACUCCUCUACAGCCAGCCCCCUGACCCCGCUUCCCCGCACCCUGAACACGGCGAGCUCCGUCUCUUCACGGCAGGCCAAGUCUCUGGCAGCGGUGGCACCUUCGGUUAAGAAGCAGCCAUCAGAGAGGGGGGCGGUGUCACACAGUCGCCUGGAGACUGUGAACUGCAUAAAACCUAAGCGAUCGUCCAUCCGGCAGCCCUGCAGUUCAGGGGAGAGCAUGGAUCGAAAUAGGCUGGUGCCGAGCCAGUCCCACCCCUUGAACCUGAGCCAGGUGCAGUCGGUGGUUUCUUCAUCUCAGGAGCGUUCCGGGGUGCCCCACAGCAACUUGUCCCUCCACCGUCAGGAGACUUUCCCUCCGACUGUCUCUGCCUCCCACUACAGCUUCCCUGACGUGUCCGCCUUAGCGUCAGGCUCAGCUGCCGCCACCAGCCUGUACACCUACCCCGCCUCCACAGCCCUCUCCUCGGCCUCUCAAGCCAUGGAGCAGCUGCUGGCUCGUGGUCACGGCAGCCACGGACACUCCCCCUCCACCUAUGCAGCAACGUACACCUCAUCCUCCUCCAGGAGAGACUCGGCCAGUCGCAAGGAGUCUGUCAGCAGCCUGCUGCACGGCCUCCCUGCAUCAUACCAGCAUCAGUUCGCCGCUGGUUCUCCGUACGUCAGUGUGACGCCCCGCGGUGAGGCAUACACUGCUUACCAGCUCAGCCCUAGGCGCCUCACACAGUACCCCUACCUAUAGGGGGUCCCAUCAACUUUACUUCCCUGAACAUACCAUCACAAAGGGACAACUUUAGAAUUACUCAUGGUCACCUACUAGUUUGCUGCUUCAAACUACAAGGAAGCAUUUCAGCCCUAGCUAAUAUAUACGCUCUUUUAGAAAAAAGACUUUUGGUAUUAUUGCAUCCUAAUCUUUUUUCCAUUAAACAACAUAUUUUAUCCCCAACCUGUUUUUAUUAAAUUAAGGCAUUGUGUUAACCAUAUGUUAAACGUGUGUUUAUCGAAGUUUUGUGCAGAGAGAGACGAUCCUCCUUUCACAAUCCCCGCUCCUUAAUUUUCCCACAAGCCUUACAUUAAAGUCUCCACACACUAAUCUGUUGCGGCCCCGUGUCAUUAGUGAACAUCAAGACUUGCAUCAAGGCUUAGUACCUCUGUUUGUUGACUCAUGUCUUUCACUGUUUAAAUGAUGUCGGUGUGAAAAGUCGAGGAUUAUGUAUUGAGACGAGAUGAGGUGAAAACUGUGAUGGAUAAUGUUUAGACUAGGUACACAUUGUGUUUGUAUGUUUCUGUAGUGACUGUGUUUUAGGCACGAUUCAUCUUGUUCGUGUGCAAAUGGAUUUAAAGCUUCGUAACCGAGUGCUAAAUGUACUGAUGGAAGUUCAUAGUGUGAUCACCUUCUCCAGGAAUGAUGGGAAACUUUUUAUUUGUUCAAAAAACGCUUCAGCUCUUUUUCUUCUGGCCUCCUUAAGAUGUAUUUUCAUCUGCAUCUAACCAUGUUUUCUGUCUAAACCUGUGAAUCCAACUGUAGGACCUACUAAAGCUAAAGUGAGUUAAAGCCGGUUGUUUUCACUUGUAAAAUGUUAAGAAGCUGUAACAAACUGUGCUGCACAAAAACUAAUUUAUACAAACAUUUGCAAAUUGUCUGGUUCUUGAUGAUUUAUUUCACGUUAUUCAGACUUUUAUUCAAACACGCAUUCCUCUGUCCUGCCAAGAGUAUUUAUCUGCAGGUUCCUUUCAGGAGGUAGGACUGAGACUUGAGUGACAUACCCCCCAACACCCAGCAUGUCUCUUUUAAGAUGCAAGACGUCUGAAUAUUGUGUGAGUGUGAAAGUGAGUGUGUUUAUCUACCUUGUGUUAUUGCAUCAGUUUUGUGUUGUAAUGUCCAAAAAUUUACCUGUAUUUUAUCAAAACAGUAUAGUCAGAGAGGCAGUUUGUUAAACUUAUUUCAGGCAAAAGGGUUUCAGUAAUCUUGUCACAGUUUCCAAUAAAAUGAUAAUCUCA